UUACACAACACAGUUCCGCAAAUCUAGUCUGUUUGUGUUUUGACGUUUUUGGACAGCGCUCUCCAGACCACCACAGAAGUCCAUAAGGAAGGAUACAGUUAACGUUCUUCACCUCGGAUAAAGAACAGGUGACAUAAUGGCGUCCGACUCUCCACGCAGACCUAGUCGCUGUGCUGGAGGGGUUCUGGUUCGAGCGCAAGCUGCAACGGAGCAGUCUUACAUGGAAAGUGUGGUGACCUUUCUGCAAGAUGUGGUCCCUCAGGCAUAUACUGGUGCUCCCCCCACAGAUGAAAAAGAGAAAAUUAUUUGGGUCCGAUUUGAAAAAGCUGACAUCAACGACACUGCACGCAAUCCAGAAUUUAUGGAGAUGCACAGCGGUACUACCGACCCUCCUCUCUGCCUUAUGAUUGGCUACACUGACGGGAUGCAGAUCUGGAGCGUAUCUUUGGCAGGGGAAGCCCAGGAGCUGUUUUCGGUGCGCCAUGGUCCUGUACGAGCUGCUCGCAUUCUGCCAGCUCCUUUUAUCAGUCCCUUGAAGACAGACAAUUUUGCUGAUAAGAGGCCAUUGCUGGGGGUUUGCAAGAGCACAGGAUCCUCUGGGACGAGCCCUCCCUACUGCUGUGCUGACUUGUAUUCUCUACGGACAGGGGAAAUGGUCAAAUCGAUUCAGUUCAAGACACCCAUCUAUGAUCUCCACUGCAACAAACAUAUUCUUGCUGUGAGCCUACAGGAGAAGAUUGCAGCAUUUGACAGCUGUACCUUCACCAAGAAGUUCUUUGUUACAAGCUGUUACCCCUGUCCUGGCCCCAGCCUAAAUCCAAUAGCUUUGGGAAGUCGCUGGCUGGCGUAUGCUGAGAACAAGCUGAUCAGAUGUCACCAGUCUCGUGGAGGAGCUUGUGGUGACAAUGCACAGUCCUAUACAGCUACAGUGAUCAAUGCGGCCAAAACUUUAAAGACAGGCUUGACGAUGGUGGGUAAAGUGGUCACCCAGUUGGCAGGCACCCUACCGGCAGGCACUCCGGAUGAGGAGGGUACACCUCACAGUGCAAGCCGCCGUAGCCCUCACAACCCCGGUGUGGUCACCAUCAUUGACACACACAGUGUUGGCGAAGGACAGGUUUUGGUGAGUGAGGACUCAGACGGAGAGGGAGUGGUGGCUCACUUCCCAGCUCAUGACAAACCCAUAUCCUGCAUGCAAUUCAACCCAAGUGGAAUGCUGUUGGUGACUGCAGACACUCUGGGCCACGAUUUUCACGUCUUCCAGAUUCUCACCCACCCAUGGGCCUCCUCGCAGAGCGCCGUUCAUCAUCUCUACACUCUGCAUCGUGGGGAAACUGAGGCCAAGGUCCAGGACAUGUGUUUCAGCCAGGACAGUCGCUGGGUAGCCAUCAGUACCCUCCGUGGCACCACCCAUGUAUUUCCUGUCAACCCCUACGGUGGUGCACCUUGUGCCCGCACGCACAUGUCUCCACGGGUGGUCAACCGGAUGUCUCGCUUCCAAAAGAGUGCUGGCCUGGAGGAGAUUGAACAGGAGCUCAACAGGGCAGCUGCAUUAGGAGGAGGAGCAGGUGGAGGAGGCAUAGGAGGAGGUGGCUGCAUCCUGGGUGGAGGAGGUGGCGGCAUCGGGGGCCGCUGUAGCCCCAUACCUGGCUUGUCCAGCAGCCCCUCUGGGUCUCCGCUGCACGCCAAACUGAGCAGCCAGGAUUCGUACAACAACUUCACAAAUAACAACAUGGGGAACCCACGGCUGUCCCCGCUGCCCAGCCUCACUGUGGUGCUGCCUCUGGCUCAGAUCAAACAGCCCAUGACCCUGGGCACCAUCACCAAACGCACUGGACCCUACCUCUUUGGGGCGGGAUGUUUUGCCAUUAAAACUCCAUGCAAAGCUAAGCCACCUCCUCAGAUCUCUCCAAGCAAGUCCAGUGGAGGAGAGUUUUGUGUGGCAGCCAUCUUUGCCUCAUCUCGAUCCUGGUUCAUCACCAACCCAAACAUUAAAAGAGAGAAAGAUCAGUCCAGGCAGUCGGUUGUUGACUCACUGUAUAUCAUCAGUUGCUACGGAAACUUGGUGGAACAUGUCCUGGAGCCCCGACCUAUUAGCACUGCUCAAAAGAUUAGCGAUGACACACCUUUGGAGCUCAGCACCUGUCCAAGGGCCUGCUGGACUCUAUCCAGGACUCCACAGUGGAAUGAGCUGCAGCCACCCUUCAACUCCAACCACCCCUUGGUGUUGGCUUCAGACCUGGUGCAGUACUAUCAGUAUCUUCUGGCUUCGAUGCCCCCAGGAAGCCCAGGACCAAUCACGCGUCAUGAGUCGUCAGACAGCCUGGCGUCUGACCACAGUGGUCAGGAGGAUGAGGAGUGGCUCUCUCAGGUGGAGAUUGUGACCCAUACAGGGCCCCACCGGCGCUUGUGGAUGGGCCCCCAAUUUCAAUUUAAGACCAUUCACCCUUCAGGCCAGACGACAGUCAUCUCUUCCUCAUCCUCAGUCCUUCAGUCCCAGGGCCCCACUGAUGUUCAACAGCCCCUUUUGGACUUUGACACAGACGACCUGGAUCUACACAGCCUCAGGAUCCAGCCGGUACGUUCUGAACCAGUCAGCAUGCCCAGCUCGUCGCGGCUGGUGCCAGAUCGUAGAGGGCAGUCUAACAUCAUGGAUGCAGGAUCAGGUUAUUCCUAAAAAAGAAGCUCCUCGCUCUGCAAAUUACCAUUCCAAUUGUUUUUUGUUUUGUUUUUUUUAAUUCCCUUCACGCAUGCAUUUUCAUUACCCCUUCAUCCUUCCAUCCGUCCUUCCCUGUCUCCCUCACUACCCAAUCAUUGUUUUAUCAUUGGUGUGAGAGAGAAGAGGACAGGCAAGAGGAGGAGGAGAUGAAGAGAGGAAGAUGGCCAGCUUUCUACUUGUCUGUCUUUCUGUUUGUCUGUCUCAUUUUUGUCCAGGUUUAGCCUCGUUGACAGAAGCCAUUCUUAACUCAUGUUCAGUUGAUAAAAAAAUAUCUAUAAUCUGAAAGUAUUCUACAAGAUUUUUUUUUUUUAAAGCCACAAAGAAAUUUCAAUUCAAAUGUUGAAUCACAGCACAGUACUAAGGCCAUUUAAAUAAUUAUUUCUAGCUCAUCUUGCAACUAGCAUGACUAAUGUUAUGACAUUAUGACUCUGAUAAGGCAAGAGUCUCCACCUUGCUCUUAGUCUACAGUUUUGUGUUGGGCUAACCAGGAUGCUCUAGCUGAAGAGCUUUACAACUCUGUUUGCUGGCAUGUGAGUUAAAACCAAACUGUGCUUGGACAGGUUGUGUAUGUCGUAGCCCAACCACAGUUUCCUUAACUCCUCAUUUUGCUGUCAAUAUAUAGGAUCACACAGGGAAUACUGGACAAACCAUUUGUUGCAAAGUCUUGGGAAAUUUCUUAACAUGAAAGCCCAAACCUUAUACCCCUACCUCUCAUUUUCAAGUGCCCACUUGCUCCUCAGAACGGAGCCAGAAGGGGAAUUGGUUGAAAUCCCCAGCUAUGAAAUGAGACAAAGCCUUCAAUACCCUCGGACCCUGAAUAUGUCAAAAUGCAGAGCUGUCAGCUCUAACAAAGUUAUGUUGGUCAGCCAGCUAGUUGGCUACUGCGAUAUCAGCAUAUUCAAUAUUUACAAUAGUUUUUUGAAUUACAGAGCUCUUAUAACCCUCAGUUAGAAGUGUACCUCACUCUACCGCUCUAUCCCAACAAACUACCCACAGGCUGAAACAUAUACUGAGUGCCAAAGAUUUUGAUGCUAAAGAAAGGAUGCAGGCCUCACCUGAUCCCAGAGGGUCACUUCAUUGAACUUGGUUGGUGGGAGGCAGGCUUGGCAGUAUAUGGUAUAUCUCUAUUAUUCACUGUCAAUCAGUUUUUCUUAACAAACAUUUUUUGCUAUACCUUAGCAGGCCAGCUUCCUUGCAUUAGUGUUUUCCUCCCCCAUCAUUCAGCAUCUGUGUCAGACAUUGAUCAUUAUAAGACCACUGACAUAUAUUAACUUAAAAGAAAUCAGAAGCUUAAUUAAGCGUUAUUGGAGCUGGAGCUGACAUAACGGGUGUUGAAUGUGCUGAGAUCUAAUCGUUGCUUUCCAACUUGAAGAAGCAGGCAAAAGAACAGAUUUAGCCAUUUUCAUCAUUUAGACACUCAAGAAAACUGAAUUACUGGGUUAGUCCGACUAUGAUUGGAUUCUUAAGAUGCAUGUAUACACAUGAGUCUGUCUAAAAUCAGAUCGGAUUUCUCAUAGUCAAUUAAAACACCUAGAUUAUUUGAUUAAUGGUUGCAUUACUCAUGCAUGUAUACGUUCUAUCAGAUUGGAUUCGGAUUUGCAUUUUGCACAGGCGCAAGAUUUUUUUCCCGGGCCGUGAGCCGGAAAUAGAAGGACGGCGGCGGCACCGCCUUUCCUCCUACAUCACCGCAAGCAAGCGCACCACUGUGCAUCUAGUUUGUGUAAUUAUCAUCUACACCAUAUACGAAAUGUACAAAGAUGUAGCUUUGUCUUGCUCUACGCCAUCUUUCUCGAAGGCCGAGGCAGAGUUUGUUGUUGCUGGUGAAAAUGAGGUCAGCCAGAGGUGGCUCUAUUACCACUAGUUGAAAUGGGUACAGCGCCACCUAUCGAACCAUGUAUGACAUGCUUCGGCCAGUAAUUCAAUUUUCUCACCGACAUGAAUACUCAGAAAAUUGCAGUUGUCAGAUUGAGCAGCAUAGUCGAAGUAUGGCUGCAGUCUGAUUAAGUUGUGCAUGUAAACGUACUGAUGACUGGUGACUGGUUUUUGACAUUUCAUUGUGAGACAGUGAGUAAAAUUUUUGUUUAUUACACUGGAUAAAUUUACGACUUGAUAUUAUCAUUUUUAGAUGUAAAUACAUUUGUUUUGCAGAUGUCUGCGAGGGAUUCCCUGUUUAAAGACUAAACAUCAUGAUUCCUUGUCAGAUUUAUGCUAAUUGAGGAAAACAAUUGAUUAUACAUCUAACUGACUUGGACAGUUGUUUGAUUACUAAACUUACAUAAUUGACCAGAC